GCUGUGUCAUGUUGCGUUAUAGCGGAUGCGUUCAGACGCACGGGAUGCAUCUAUGCGGGGAUUAUAUGUUUCAAGCAGUGUUGCAAUGCGGCGGAGAGGAUUCUGAUGAGAACACGGAUCUGGGAUACUAAAGCCUGGUCUUGCGUUGCUCUAUUCUGGAUACAAACCCCUGAUAUCUUCGCGUCUCCGGUUGCGCAGUGCAUGCACAGCUCCAGCGCGCGACUCCUCUCCAGCGCAUCAGACCUCAUUGAACCCCCGACGCGAUGACCAGCUCGGAUCAAGACCAGACCAUGAUGACGGUCUCCAAGAAAUCCAUCACUGCAAAGAUGUUCAAAGUGCGCAAGAGGAGGGAGAUGCUGCUGGCUCAGGUGUCAGUGGUCUGCAGUGUUCUGCUCGUGGCGUGGGGCAUGUCAACCGUCCUGACGAACACAGGUCACGGCAUGAUUGUGGAGGGGCCGAUGGAGUCAUAUAACCACUGGGGACGACGGCUGAUGUCAUCAACAUCUGAUAAUGAGACUGAGGUGAAGAACUGCACUGAGCCAGCUAUCCACGAAUUUCCAGAUGAUAUUUUCACCAACGUGGAACGGAAGAGUGGCGCUGUACUGCUACAUAUUAUAGCUACUCUUUACAUGUUCCUGGCGUUGGCAAUCGUGUGUGAUGACUACUUUGUGAUGUCUCUAGAGAAAAUCUGUGAGAAGUUAAAUCUGAGCGAGGAUGUGGCUGGCGCUACUUUCAUGGCUGCGGGGAGCUCCGCGCCCGAGCUCUUCGCAUCUGUUAUAGGGGUCUUCAUUACUCAUGGUGAUGUUGGAGUCGGAACUAUCGUCGGUUCUGCUGUCUUCAAUAUUCUCUGCAUCAUCGGAGUCUGUGGGAUCUUUGCUGGACAGGUUGUUGUACUUACCUGGUGGGCUGUUUUCAGGGAUUCUUCCUUCUAUAUAUUGUCUGUUAUAGCUCUGAUUGUGUUCAUCUAUGACGAGAAGAUUGUGUGGUGGGAAAGUCUGGUUCUGGUGCUCAUGUACGCUGUAUAUAUCCUCAUUAUGAAAUUUAAUGCGAGCAUGCAGAAAUUUUUCACAAGACAGAGUGUCGAGAAUGUUGCGAAUGGAAACACAGCGGCCGGCAGUGAACUAGAGGACGGUAAUGACAGUUUAAACUCGUUUAAAUGGGACGAUCCAUCUGUACUGCUGUUGUGUCCAGUUAAGUCCAGUAAGGCUUACAGUCGUGGUUCUGUGGUUAUGGUGGAUGAAAUCAUCAAUGCCAGCCCCCCAAAUUACCGUUUUCCUGAAGCGGGUCUGCGUGUCAUGGUCACAAACCAUUUUGGACCAAAGACUCGUCUACGCAUGGCGAGUCGCCUCAUUAUAACAGAGCGUCAGAGGUUGGUCCAGGCGGCCAACGGCGUGGAGACGGCCGUAGUGGAUGGGAAACCAGACAUUGAAAAUGGAAACGUACCAGAGGACAAAACCACUGAAGAGAAAGAGAGUGAACUCACGUCACCCUUCAGAAUACCAGGCGGCUGGAUGAACAAAACUAAAUGGCUGAUCUCAUGGCCGUUAUUGUUUAUUCUUUACUUCACCAUCCCAAACUGUGCGAAGUCUCGCUGGGAGAAAUUCUUCAUGCUGUCGUUUCUGCUCUCCACCGUCUGGAUCGCCGUCUUCUCGUAUCUGAUGGUGUGGAUGGUGACAAUCAUCGGAUACACGCUUGGCAUUCCUGAUGUCAUAAUGGGCAUCACGUUUCUGGCCGCGGGCACGAGUGUUCCAGACUGCAUCGCCAGUUUGAUCGUUGCUCGGCAAGGUCUGGGUGACAUGGCCGUGUCCAACACUAUUGGCAGUAAUGUGUUUGAUAUUCUGGUUGGACUCGGAGUUCCCUGGGCGCUGCAGACCAUGGCCGUCAGUUAUGGAUCAGUUGUUAUGAUAAACAGUCGAGGCCUCGUGUACUCUGUGGUGCUUCUGCUGGGGUCUGUAGCUGUAACUAUUCUUGGAAUCCACCUGAACGGGUGGAAGUUGGACUUUAAGCUGGGCGUUUAUGUGCUGGUGCUAUACGCCAUCUUCCUGUGUUUCUCUAUCAUGAUCGAAUACAAUGUCUUCACCUUCGUCAACUUACCCAUGUGUCGAGAAGACUAGAAUCACACAGAACGGAUCUGCACUACCACCGCUUCAUAUCCUACAAAACAACACCAACAUCUCAAAAGAUCUCGUACCGUUGAUGUCAUAACUCAACUUUCUGGUCUCAGUUUGACCUCCGUUUUUGCACUCCAAAACCAUCAUCACCUCAGAUGAAUGAAUUUUAGUCUUUAUUGGGACUAACAGUUAAGUACUGUAUUUGUUGCUAAAAAUAAUAAUAAUAAUAAUAUAUAUACUGUAUAUCUGCCAGUAUCUGGCAUCGACCAGUAGGGGCUAACUGGUAACCUUGGUAACAGAAAUGCAAAUUUCACAAGAGUUCCCACAACAACGUUUACUAUGUAGGCAACCUAUAGAGUAACUUAGGUUUUCUCUUAGGUUAACUCAAGAUUUUUUUUCUCUCUUUCUGGCAAUAGCUUCUUCAUGGAAGCAUUUCACUGUGGACCAAAAAUAUUCCUGUGAAGUUUUUAAAAAAAAAAAUCUUCUGGUUAAUUUUUUCUGAACUCUGACCCCAGAUUUGGAGCCUGAAAGAGGAACUUUUCUUAGGCAGCUUGCCUCUUCCAGGUGACAUCUUUAACAUCGCAAAAUGCAUUCUGAGUCUGCCAAAUAUGGACAGCGUUAUGGUGUGUGGAUGCCUACGUAAACAUUUACCAUUUUUGCAUCUGUUUUUUUUUUUUUUUUUUUUUCCACUUUGUUGAGAAAUGUCUUUUUAAACCUUCUCUCAGAGCCAAAUGUCUUCAUGAACUCUUUAUUGAUUACUGUAAAUCUUUUUUUUUUUUUUUUGCCUAAAGGAAGCAAAUUAUUUGUUGAAAUGCAAGAAAACUGAAGGUAUUGCACAUUGUCCAUUAUUGUAGUCUACACAUCAUGAUAUGGACUCAUAUAGGGCUUGUUCUUGUUGACUGAAAGAAUUUGUGUAUUUUUAUUUACAAAUGAAAAUUGGUUCACCAUUUUAAGUUUUGCUGUCGUCUCUGAGAGGGCUCUGUGAUUAUGAACUUGCCUUUUUAGAGAUUUGCUAAUUACAUUAAUGUAGACCAGAAACAUACUUUACACAAGUAAGCAAACUGCUUACACAAGGAACUAACUUUUAUGAACAUGCUCAGCGAGAUUCUGUUCAAACUGUUGCUUUGCCAUGAUUGUAGUUGAGCUGAAAGAGAGGACAUUUUAUGCUAAUGCCUAUUA